AUGGAUAGGUCAUCCGUCAGGAUACUGGUGUUCUCUGGUCUAUUGAAGGGGCUUUGCACAUUUCAUAUUCCAACUAUCAAAAUUAUCAAUAAAUUCCUGAGACACAGGAUGUAUCAUGGUAGUAUAGAUUAUGAUUGUAAUGCUAGUCCAAUCAUGAAAGGAAUCAAAGCAUUUCCUCUGUAUCCAAACGCAUACCUCUCACAACUUAUUACUGCGACUUUCUUGUCCGUAAUGACUUUUCAUAGCUUAGAAAGAGCCACCGCAACGCUAUUAUAUGGUUGGAUUCUACAGCAACGAUCAAUGAAGUUUAGAAGAAGACGAACUGAGGAUGAGCUGCUUAAUGACCAAACAGUCUUCGGUUAUGAACGAAUAAAUGGAAGAGAUAGUGAAAAAGGUUCCAGAACUUGGGCUGUGUAA